CAACCAAGAACCUAGCUGCAAUAAUAUAAAGGGUAGCUGUGGUGAACCAUUUUCUCUGCAGAUUGAUUAUUCCAUUAUAUUGUUGUUGGAGGGUGGGCAUGGCUAGUGAGUUCAAGCAUUUGGUUCUUGUGAAGUUCAAGGAUGGGGUUGUGGUGGAAGACAUUCUGAAAGGGAUGGAGAAGCUUGUUUCAGAGAUGGACAUUGUCAAGUCCUUUGUCUGGGGGGAAGACAAAGAGAGCCAUGAAAUGCUUAGGCAAGGCUUCACUCAUGCUUUCUUGAUGACAUUCAACAGCAAAGAAGACCACACUGCCUUUGUUAGCCAUCCGAACCACGUCGAGUUUUCGGCUUCUUUCUCAAAUGCAAUAGAGAAGGCUGUGCUUCUUGAUUUCCCAGCUGUUGCUGUCAAGCCUCCUGCAGCUUAAUUAAGCAAUAAUAUGAUCACUGGGAUGAUGAUGAUAUAACAUUUCUGUUUUAUCAGUCUCUCUAUGAAUGAGUUUUAUGAUGAUGAUGUGUUUCAUUAUUUCCUUUCCCUUUUUUGCAAUUUAGAAAUUAUGGAUGGCAUGUACUCUAUUGUGGUAAGAAGUGUGUGGAUAUAUGUAUUUCUUCACUCAAACAUCAUAAUAUAUGUCAGUGAAUGAUUGGAUUCAUUGCAGUCAUUGAUUGA